GGAGCGGAGCGGAGCGGAGGGCAGCUUGCGCCGAGAGGCUCGGGCUGGUUGGACGGGACGCAGGAAACUUCAGAGGGACCAAAGUCCAUCCGGAGCUCGGAGGAGGCUGGCAGCACCGUGUGAGGGCGCGCUGGGAACCGACGCACAUGUGAGCUGUCCAGAAAUGCUCCAAAGAUGGCGGUGGUGGCAGCGACGGGAGUUCCGCGCGGCUCCGGAGUGCAGAAAAGUGGGUUUGCGGAGGUUCUGGUGCGGGAGCGCUGGCACAAAGUUUUGGUCAACUUGAACGAGGAAGCGCUCACGCUGAGCUGCGAGGAGAGCAGCGACGGAGACGGCGUCAACUUCAACGGCGUCACCAACGGAUCUUACCAUGACAACAGCAACACCAACUCCAACAACGGGCCGCACGCGGCGCGCACCGUCUUCACCGACCUCCCGGACACGGUCCCGGAGGCGAUCGCCAACAGAAAGCGGUGCGUCAAGGUGAGCAAGCAGGAAGUCGGCGGACUCGGCAUCAGCAUCAAGGGAGGGAAGGAGAACAAGAUGCCCAUCCUCAUCAGCAAGAUCUUCAAGGGGCUGGCGGCGGACCAGACCCAGGCUCUGUACGUGGGGGACGCCAUCCUGUCCGUGAACGGAAUGAACCUGCGGGACGCCACGCACGACGAGGCGGUGCAGGCGCUGAAACGGGCCGGAAAGGAGGUGACUCUGGAAGUAAAGUACAUGCGUGAGGCGACUCCAUACGUGAAGAAAGGCUCUCCGGUGUCAGAGAUCGGCUGGGAGACGCCUCCUCCAGAGUCUCCUCGCCUCGGCAGCCCAACCAUCUCCUCCUCAGACCCUCCCAGUUCUCCCAGCUCUCCCAGUUCUCCCAGUCAGCCCUCGCUGUCUCUGAGCGGCGACCGGAGGUGUAUCCCGCUGAGGAUGUGUUACGUAACCAGAGCCAUGACCACACCUGACCCCGACAACAGACAGCUGGAGCUUCACUCUCCUGAUGCCCGACACACCGUGGUGCUGCGCUGCCCCGACCAGCCGGCUGCCCUGUCCUGGUUCUCUGCCAUGCACGCCGUCACCUCGUCGCUGGCUCAGCGGGUUCUGGCCGAGGUCAUCCAGAACACGUCCAGAACCGGAGUCGCUGGCAGCAAAGAGAUCCGACACCUGGGCUGGCUGGCAGGGAAGACGGAGAGCGAAAAGCAGAGCUGGAAGCCGGUGCUGGUGGUGGUGACGGAGAAGGACCUGUUGCUGUUUGACAGUUUACCGCGAGGCAGAGAGUCCUGGCAUAGUCCUACACAUACUUAUCCACUGCUGGCAACACGUCUGGUCCACUCGGGCCCUGACCGAGGGUCUCCUCAUUCCGGCACCGAGCUCUUCUUCGCCACUCGGACUGGGACCAGACUCGGCAUCGAGACCCACCUGUUCCGGACGGAGACCACCAAGGAUCUGUCGCUGUGGACCAGACAGAUAGUCAACGGAUGUCACGCAUCAGCCGAGAUGAUCAAAGAAGUUUCUACGAGUUGUCUGUACCGAGGUCAGGAGUGUCGGCUGGUGAUCCACUAUGAACAGGGCUUCUCUGUGCUGACCGACCCGAAGGCUGGAGAUGAGGAGGACGCUGAGGCCAGAGUGGUCCAGACUCCCAUCAAACCCAGAGUGCUGCUCUCAUACCCCUUCGAAAAGCUAAAGAUGUCCUCCGACGACAGCGUCCGCAUGCUGCUGCUGGACUUCGGCGGGAAGGAGGGGGAGAUUCAGCUGGACCUGCAUUCGUGUCCGAAGCCGAUCGUGUUCAUCCUGCACUCCUUCCUGUCUGCUAAGAUCUCCCGCCUCGGUCUGGUGGCCUGACAGCCUCUAAAGGAACAUUUCAGCUCCUGUGAGAACAGAAAUCCUCGUAGUUCCUCCUCUUUUCUGGAGCCGCAUGCAGCAAAACACCUCAAACUCCUGCAGUUGGAAACCCAAGCUGAGUGAAUGUAGCCUCUCUGGAAACAGACCUUUUUGGGGUCUCAGACUUUUUAGACAGUGGAGGAAGCAAUGGAGAUGAGUCGUGCUUUUCUCUUGACAGACAGAUUUUUGGGGGUAAAUGAAACCUGGAAGGGCUACAGGGACUGAAAAGUUGGCUGAAGAACAACAGAAGAAGAAGGAUGAUCUAUAUAUAUGAGGUAUAGAGCAGGUUGGGCAUUACUGUCAGGUCCUGGUUGGAAGGAUCGGCCUCCUGUAGCAGGUUCACAAGAAUUCUAUUUUAAUUCAAUCACAGUCUAAUGGCACACUGCCUCCAUUUAGCCAUCCCAUAAUUUAUUUACCGCCGGCUCUGAAAGGACGUUCUGAAUUUCACUCUUCAUUUUUCUUCCACCAAACGUUUGACACACUGUGGGAAAAACUUGGUGCAUUUGUCUUUAUUAGGCUCCCCAGAGACGUCUGUUAGCAGCGUCAGCAUUCAUCAUCCAACCAGCUGCAGGGAUUCCCUCCCAGCUCCUCCAGCCUAUUCUGUAACAGCACACUCACCGGCAGCUUCAGGUGUUUAAGUAUCUGAUAGGUAUUAGACACUGUAUGAAUGGAGUUCAAUGGCAAAGUGAAAGGAUGCAUAUGUUUAAACUAUCCAGAAGAUUUUAGAAAACACAAUUGAACCAGGUCAUUUAAAGCCUUGAUCUUGUAGGUAAAUGUGACAUUUUCUUGCUGAGACUCAUCAAUGAGGUCUAAUGCGACCCGAUACAGCAGCUCUGCCACACGCUACAUCUUUAUAUAAAUAUAUAUUACACAUUUGGACGUGUUUCUUCUGAUACUUUGCCUCCUUUAAUGAGAUGAAGAAUCUCAUUAAGCUCAACCACUCACAAUGACCUCAACCAUGCAAACAUUAUCUGACAGUGCAAACGAAAACAGAAAAAGUUGAAGCAUGAUAAAAGUACAUUUUAUGGCAGAGUUGUUGAACCUGAUUGCAUUAGAUUAUACAGGUGUUCCUAUAAAGUACUACACAGCUACAGUAGCCUGGUUCUGGUUCUGUCCUGUUUAUACUGUAAUGAUGAGGUGGGUUUUCUUAACUUUGGAUGUAGCCAGGCCAGCUGGUUCCAGACAAAUAGAUCAGUCUGAAACUGAGCAUAAAGAUUGUCACAAAUAUUCAGACAUGUAACCACAAAUUAUUCAUAUCAGUGGCAAAAUGUGAUAUUUACUGAAUUCUUAUUUGACCAAUAGAUUUCUUCUGGCUGGAAAAGAAAUAAACAAGAGAAAAAAGUAAUUAUGUUGGUGAUAUUAAUGAUGAUUUUUAACAAUUUUUUUCACAUUUUUAAAAAUAUUUUACUUAAAGAUGCCUUGAAACCAUUGAAUCUGCAAGUUUUUGUGGGAAUGCAGCUUCUAUGCCAUCUUCGAUAUGUUCUAAUACACUCUAAAAUACAAACGACUAAUGCAGUAGCACUGAUCUCUAGUCAGCUACGAGUCAACUCCAAGUCCCAGGGUAAAUUUUAGUUUAAUCAGCUGUCUAUUGCGUUUUAGUUUGGAGCGAUACAGCCGAAGAUCACACUGGAUCCCAUCAAGGAUCUGUAGAGGAAAUUAAAGCCAGAGUGAUGCAAAGAAGUUUUCCAACCUCCAGGUCAUGGAGGUAUAACAGUUGAGGUCCAAAAUCGCAGUGGAGACGUGCCAAGAGCUUGUAGGAAACCAUAGGAACCAUAUGGAUGUGUAAUGGCAAAUACAGACUUUGCUGUUUAUUACUGAGUGUGAAAUAAAUAAUUUUGGACACUGAAGUAGUUAAUAUUCAUCAUUAACAUCUCAAACACAACAUCUUAGUCUCCCUUGUCACAUUGUAUUUCAUUUCCAGUCAGAAAGAAAUUUGUUGGUCAUAUAUAAAAUCACUAUAAAUCAAACUUUGCUGUGGCUUUGAAUAGUUAGGGCUAGACAUGUGAGACAUAAUGUGUUAAUUAGUGAGUCUAGAGGUGGAUUUUAUAACCUGACAAGCUGUUCUCCUGAUUCAAGUGCUUAAGUGAGCAGCUGGCUGUGGCUUCGUGUUUAAAAAGCAGAUAUGAAAGCUCAUCUUUUCAUUUAAAUCUCAGCAAGAAGGCAACUCAGCACAUCACUGCUUCCAUCUUCAUUUAAUUCGAGAUGAUUUACAAAUAACUGAGAAAACAUCUGCCAGGAGUAAUUGUAAGAAAUCACCGUGUUCGCAUUGAAAUUAAAUGACGCCACACACACGUCAGCUGCUGUCUGUCAUCACAGCAGCCUUCAGAGUUUGUUCCUGCAGCAGCUGAUCAGAUCUGUCUGGACUCUGGUUUCUCCUUGUGCCUUCAGACGGCUGAAGAAGAUAAAUGUUGGGGUUUUUAGAAGCGCAGGAUGAAGCAGUGACGCGCCGACGGCUGCAUCACUUUGGGUUACAGGUGCAGAAACACUCAGCCAGCAGUAAUUUUGUUUUGUUUUUUCUUCUUUAUCUCAUCAACACACUGAGACGUUUCCAUUUUACACUGUGAACAAUGAUUUAUGCUUUGUAAUCCUUCGACACUGUAGAAGAAAAUCUGUUUUGUUGAUACUAAAUGAUAGCAGAGAAUCCAGAAGUCACUGAUAAUGUCAGAGGAGAGAAGCUGCUUUGAUAUGUAGAAACUCUGAUGCCUUCGGCAGCUACUGUACUGUCACUCCGAAUGAAAAAGCUUAGUUUUUAAAUCCAGCGGUGCACAUAAAUCAUGUAUUUAACAGCAGUGACAUGAUGUCUCUUUUUAUUGUCAUACUUCUCAUUAACUGCAAAUCAACACUUCUGUCAAGUUAAAAUGUUAAUGACUUGUUUGCUAA